AUGGCGAAUCGUCGAGUGUCGGCGUUGGAGGAGGAAAACAUGGAUGCGAUCGCACGCGCUUCCUACUACCAUCAUCCUGCCCGAUCUCUCGACGCUGCAGCCUUGCAUCCGGCCCUGUUCGAUCUCGAAGGAAUCGACGUGAUGAGUUCCGAUUCGGUGCCGUCGCUAACGCUGCCGGCGCCAGCUGCGCCGGCUACAGCACCGAGCACUUCCACCGCAGUCCAGCCUGCUCAGACGAGCGCGUCGGACCAACAAAAGGCACCAACAACGCCGCAGAAGCAGCAGCAGCAACCACAACAAAUACCGCCUCAGCUACAGCCCCAGCAUGUCACGGCGAACCAUCCAGCCUCGAUAGCAGCUGCAGCCACCGUCGCUCUUUCCGCCACUCUGCUUGAUCCGAACGAAUGGAAUGCACUCGCAUCUACGAGCAUGGUCACGCUGGACGACCUCAGAGCCGCCUUCCUCGAACAGCGCCAACAGCAAUUGAAAGACCUCGAGUCGUCUCACCGAGCAAGCCUGCGGGAGAUGCUGUUCAUGUCGGAGAACUUCGACAAGGAGGACGUGGCAGGGAGCCCCUGGAAGCUUGGGCAGAGCAUGGAGAUCGCAGAGGACGACACUCGCGAAGAGUUCAAAUCGUUCCUGACUCGACAUCGCCUCACGCUCGAAAAGCAGGUCUCCAUCCAGGAUCACGCUCUGAAGGGACCAGAAGCUAUCCGACAGCUCGUAUCCCGCGAACUCAAAACGGGACCAGUUGAAGUUGCACCUCCUCCAACUCCUACGAGCGCGACUGCACCACCUACUGGCGAAACGUCACGUGAAAAGCAGAAGGAAAACGAGCAUCAGAGGGAAGCAGCCCUGCAUCGCAGCCAGGCCGUAGCCCGUGCUGCAGCUGCGGUUCAGACUCGAGCGAUCGCCGAGGGUGUGGCAAAGAUCAAGCCGCUCACCAUCACCACGGCAGACAGCCAAGGCGUUCGCGUUGCUCCUUUGCAGCCCGGUCAAGUCCCGAGCUUUGUCAUCGAAUCCACCACACCGAUUGCUCCAGUCGUUUCCGGUGCCCUUACCGCAAUAGCACCUGCAUCAGGACCUCUCCCUUCCACCUCUGUCGACAAGGACGCCGAUGUCACCUCCACGAUCAUCAAGGUGGAAUCCGCCGAUAAGACGGAGUCGCCGUCUAAAAAGGCCAGCAGCGCGCUGGAGAAGGCGGUCUCUCCAGUGCCCGGCCUUUCCCGCAACGCCACCACCCAAUCCACCGGGCUGCGCAUCCCGCCUUCGCCAAUGGUGGUCCCUACCAUGCCUGAAGACGUCGCCGAACCCCAGCUUCACCCUACCUUGCAGGUACUCGCGCCAAAUCCGCUAUCCGUCACGUACGCUGCAUCGCUCCGUCCUCUCCCUCCAGAUCCCACUCGUCGCAUCACCGGAGCUGGCGUUGGCGGCGGCGCCAUCCACCAUCGCAGUGGUCGAAAAGUGGCAAGCAUGACGGGCCACUCAAAUGCCAACUCGUACUCGAGCGUUGCCGCCGCCAAGAUCGGGCCUGCCGGGUCCGGCCAGGCCGACCUGUAUCGAUGGUACGUGCGCGCACGCGCGUCGCCCGGAGCAGGAAUGGUGGGCAAGGCCGACAAGUGCUUGUUGACAACCGACUGGAAGGUCGCCUUCAACGAGCAGCGCUUCGUCCGCGCCAUGGCGAGGAUCGAAAAGCUCAAGGCACAGGGCGAGUGGAGCUUCCGACAGCCAAAGAAGCAAAAGGGCCCAGUCGUACGCAAGGCGCAUUGGGACCACCUCUUAGAGGAGAUGAAGUGGCUUCAGACCGAUUUCCGCGAGGAGAGACGCUGGAAGAUGGCUGUCGCAUUCCAGCUCGCCCACGAGAUCGCAGCCUGGCACCGCGCACGCACAGUCACAGAGCGUGCUUCCUUUUGUGUCCCGGUACAUCGUCCCUACCGUCGUCGAACUGUGUCGGACAACGUCGAACAACACGCUGGCACCCAGGAACGCGCCGAUGCGGACGCUUCUAGCCCUGCUCAGCCCAUUGCGGAGGCCAGCCAGGACUCGGAGAUGCAGGACGCCGAUGCUCCAGAUCAAGCGCAGCCCGAAGAUCUGUCCACAAGCGAGCACAAGGCCCAGCUCACCAAGUCAAAGGCGUCGGGCGGAGAUAUCGCGGAUGUCACGAUGGAAGCUGAUGAAGAGGCCGAUGGCGCCCUCACCGAGGCUGUCGAAGACGCGGUUGAGACCGCGGAUCAGGCCGCGUCUCUACGUGCGGAAGCAAUGGACGCCGAUGGAGAUGACGACGCAGACGCAGAUGCAGACGACGUCGAAGCUGCCACGGCAGCGCUCGUGUCGGGCGAGCCCUCCAAGGCGCCAGAGGUCGAAGUCGUCCGCGAGCCGCUGGGCCAGUCACAGCCAAUGCCUGCCCUAAGCGUCGAUCCUCAGCAAAGUCAACCUGCAACAGCAACUUCAACUGUGGACCCACCUGCCGAAGCGGCGGACAGCGCCGCCGAGAAAGCACCUCGCGCUCUACGUUCCGACCCGAAACUGGCAGAGACCACACUCGCGGCAGAAUUGCCGCAGCAGCUACUGGCUACUCUUCGUGCUCCGAUCUUCUCCACCAACGUCACAACAACGAUCGUCUCGCCCGCGGCCCUCCUCGAAUCCCUGGAUCCCGAAGCUGCGGCUGCGCUUCUCGGGAUCGAAGUGGGAGAUCUGUCCACCACCGCUGACUUGCUCGAGCCCGAUGCUCUCUCGUUCAGCAAGAUGUUCCCCGAGCUGCCGCUGUACGGCGGAGUCUCGCUCCCCGAUCCCAGCAGCAAGAGCGAUCGAAGGUGGGACGAGGGCAGUCUGAACCAGCCGCCUCGCUUGACGCACGUGACCAAGCUGCUCGACUCUCGCCCUCUUCUUGUCAGCACGCUCGAGCCCUCGAAGAACCGGGCGGACGGACGAUGGCUGCCCGACAGCGACUGGAUCGUGGCUGCCGAGCAGUCCGACCCUCUGCGCGGUGUGGCCGACGGUGCUGACACGGGGCUGCCACCCUUGCCUGGCUCGCUGUUGUUCGCGCGCAAGAACAACCGUGCGUCCAAAGAGACGGCCAAUGCAGCGUCGGGCGUGCCCCCCGAGCCCGCUCAGCCCGAUGCGCGAGCGGCGCUAUUCAUGUGGACCACGGACGAGGACAGCUACCUCAUGACGCUCGCCAAGCAGUACCACAACAACUGGUCGCUCGUCGCCGACCUGUUCAACUCGACGCGCCUCAACACCGCGACCGACAAGCGCGAGCCUUGGGAUUGCUAUGACCGUUGCAAACGCAUUCAGCAGGCAGCCGACGAAGGCAAACCGCCGCCGGGUCCUCCUCAACUUCCCGCCGCCGCCGAGACCGACAAGAAGGGUGAUGGAAAAGACGACGCAUCAGCUUUGAAGCGCGACAAGCAAGGCAAGAAGGUGGGAGGCAAGCACGACGGAUCCAAGAGGAAGCUGCGUCGAAGCAAUCUGAUGGAGGUCAUGCGCAAGUCGGCCAAGCGACGCGAGGCGAGCAAGCAGGCACAGCAGACGCAGCAGACCAAGAAGGUCAACCUCAACACGCACGAGACGCAUGCGCAGAUCAAGGCGGGGCCGGCCAUCACCCCGCAAUCGCUCAGCGCACUGAAAGCGGAGCGGGACCAGGCGGCGCUGCGACAGUAUUACGAGCAGCAGCGUGCGCAGCUGGCAUUCCAACAGCAGCAGCAGCAACAGCAGCGGCUCUUGGCGCAGCAAGCGCAGGCACAGCGGAUGGCGGCGCAGCAGUCGGGCGGCGCAGGGGCCGCAGCAGCUACCUCGUCGGCGCAGCCUGGCAAGCCCGCCAAUGCGGUCGCGGGCGCAGGUACCAAUGGACCGGCGGCGCUGAGCCUGCCUCCUGGCAGCACAGCUCUGCCGCAGCCCGGGCAGCUCGGACAGGUGCAGCAGAAAGCUGCGGGCCAACUCCAGGCGCAGCAGCCGCAGCAGCAAGCUCAGCCGGGUCAAGUCGCACAAGCCGUGCAGGUGCCGCAGACCCAGCAGGGGCAGCAACAGCAGCAACAGCAGGUCCCAGCUCAGCUGCAGUCGCAGUUCCAAGCGACCCAGGCUGCGCAGAUGCAGAACCUGUACGCGCAGAUCCAGCAGCAGCAGAGGCAGCAACAGCAGAACCAGCAGCUGGGCCAUUCGGCUGGAAUGGGUCAGGUUCGGCCGGCGGUAGGACCGCUGACGCAGCAGCAGCUUGCUACGCUCACGCCGCAACAGCAGCAGCAGUACCACGCGCAGUUGGCAGCGGCGACGGCGGCAGCGCAGCAGCAGCAGUUGCGAAAUCAGUUGGCAGCGGUUGCUGCCGCGCAGCAGGGCGUUCAGGGCAACGCGGCAGGCGCGCAAGGGAUGGCAUUCCAGCUGCCCAACGCGCAGGCUCAGGCGCAGUUUCAGCUGAUGCAGCAGCAACAACAGCAGCAGCAGCAGCAGGCGAAUGCGAUGCAAGCCAACCAGGCGAGGCCGCCCAACAUGCAGGCCCAGGCACAGGCACAGGCGCAGGCGGCAGCUCUACAGAUGUACCAGCAGCAGCAGCGACAGGCGGCGCAGGUGCAGGCCCAAGCCCAAAUGCGUCCGCCCCAAGCCGGCCAAGCGCAGCAGUUCGUGGUUCGACCGGGCGCCAACGGGAUUCAGCAACGACCUCCUGCCGUUCCGACCGGGUCAGGGCCAAAGGCUCAGCAGCAAGCACGGCCUGCCAAUGCCAACAAUGGCAAUGCCAAUACCGCGGCUGGGAUGCCGGCGACGAUUCAGGCGCUGCAACAGCAGCUGGCGAUUUCGUUGGCGUCGUCGAAUUUGUCGCCCGAGCAGAUCAACGGACUGGCGAUUCAGCUGUACAAGCAGGCUCAGCAGCAGCAGGUUCAAGGCGCCCAACCCAUGGCUGGUGCGACGCAGGCACGACCGCAAGGCCAGAACAGACCCCCACAGCAGAUCCUCAACCAGGCCAUCCAGGCCUUAGCCGCCCAGAACCACAAGAACCAGCAGCAGGGAUCAGCGUCGAAUCAGGCAAGCCCCACUCAGCCUCGUCCACCCACGCCCCCACCGAGAAGCAACCAGAUCGGUGGCAACUGUCGAUCCUCCUCGACAUCGCCGCCACGUCGAAACGCGGCAGCGCCCAGAACCGGUCCUGCACCACAGCCCGUCCUCGCUGCAACCACCACCGCCAAGCUGACAACGACGGAGAAGACCAUGACGAAAAUGAACCAUGCCGACAACACCCGAGCACAACUGCCCGCACAAGGCAGACAGUCCGACGAUCUCCAGAAGCCCGCCAGCGAACGGUCGAACAACGCUGGCAACCCACGCCACGGGCGCCUUAAAGAGCGCACCCCAAGCACGCAUUGA